UUCUAGUUAUGCCAAAGAUUAUGAAGACAAUGUUAUUGAUUUUUACGACUGUGAUCUAAGCAGUAUUGAGAACUCAGAUGUUGAAGAUAAUCUACUGUCGUCUUUUGAAAAAGAUACUUCAAUAGAUAAUUGCAUUUUUUAUGAAAACCAAAACAAGUUGAAAAAUGUAACCAAUUCUAUCAGAAAUGAACAAACAAGUGACAAUAAUUUAAAAAUUCAAAAUAUAGGUUCUUCUGAGAGUUAUAAUAAUUCAACUAGUGUUGUAGAGCCUCCAGUUUCAUUAAUUCAUUCAACUAGUCAUGAUCAUCAGAACAAUAAGAUUGUGAGUACAAGUAUGUCUAUGAAACAAAUUCAAAUAAAUCCUGACACUGAUGAUAAGUUGGAAAGUUUAAACCACUCAAGUGUGAAAAUUAAUACUUUUAAUGAAAUUCCUAGUUUCAAUGACUCUAAUAACGUUAAUAUACUUCAGUCUAAUAAUUUCUGUGUAGACCAAGCCAAAUUAAAGAAUCCAGAAGGGUUAGUUGUACCUCUCAUGCCACAUCAAAAACAUGCAAUUGCUUGGCUGAUAUGGAGAGAAAGUCAGGAGCCACAUGGUGGAAUUUUAGCGGAUGACAUGGGUUUAGGUAAAACGCUAUCCAUGAUAUCAUUAAUUUUAAAGUUGAAAGAAAAACCACCUAAAAAUUCACUACCAGUAGUAUCUAUUGACAACAGAAGAAUUGAUGUUAUCAUUGGUGGAACAUUGGUUGUUUGUCCAGCAUCCUUGAUCAAUCAAUGGGAAACAGAGGUUAAAACUAAAUUGAAACCUGGACUACUGAAAGUUGGCCAGUAUUAUGGAGUAAAUAGAAAUUUUUCAGCUUUAGAGCUGGCAGAAAAUGAUUUGGUAAUUACAUCCUACCAUGUAGUUAUGUGGGAUUAUAAAAUACGACAGAAUACAAGUCCUUUAUAUAAAAUAAAAUGGAAUCGCGUUAUUUUGGAUGAAGGCCAUAAUAUUAGAAAUCAUAAGACACAGACUUCAGUUGCUGUAUGUAAUAUUAAAAGUCUAAAUCGAUGGGCUAUCACAGGAACUCCAAUCCAUAACAAAGAAGCUGACUUUUUUACUUUGUUGAAAUUCAUACGUUGCAAGCCGUUUGAUGAUUGGCCUGUUUGGAAAAGGUGGGUUGGUAAUAAUGAUGAUGCAGGGAAACACAGGCUUUCUCUACUUGUAAAAACUUUAAUGUUAAGACGGACAAAGACAGAGCUUACACAAUUUACAACAUUUAAUUUACCCCCAAAGGAAAUUAUUACAAUUGAAAUUGAAUUAACAACAGAAGAGAGAAAUGCAUACGAACAACUAUUAACAUUUUCGAGUAAUUUUUUUGCAACAUAUUUAUAUGAUAGAGCAGCAAAAGAAAAAUUAUUUGACCCAAGUACCCAAGUACAAUGUAAAGUUCAAUAUUUUCAAGAACAAAGUAAAGAUAAAGAAAUAGCAUUAAAAGAUCAUCCUGAAUUAUUAAAGUUAUUUAAAAAGUUCAAGAAUAUAGAGGAGAUUCAAACAUAUCAUAUAUUGGUAUUACUUUUAAGACUACAACAGAUGUGCUGUCACCCU